CAAUAGGUAGACCGCGCACGACGUCUAAGAAAGAACACUUUCAACUCGGAUAAUAUAAAUUUAGCCUAUUACGUCAGAGUAAAACUCUCCAAAGUGGAAAUGUAUUUUUCUACGCACCAGUUGGAGACUAUCAGUAAGGCAAAUUAAGCGAAUUUUAUUUAAACUUUUAUAAACAAGACAUGGGAUGUUGAGAGAAUGUCCUUCGAAGAACCUUUUCAUAUUACACAAGAAUUGGAUUUGUACCAUAAUGUGUCCAAAUGGGCGCACCACGGUAAUCACACAGGGGCCACUUCGGAGCAAUCCAUGUUCUACAUCAGCAUCGCCAUUACUGCCAUUUAUGGAGUCAUCAUAGUCGUGGGACUAAUCGGUAACAUAACCCUCAUCAAGACAUUGUCUUCCUCUAAAUCCAUGCGGAAUGUCCCCAACCUCUUCAUGUCGAGUCUCGCGUUCGGGGACUUGGUCCUCCUGGUUACUUGCGCGCCGGUGGAUGCCAGUCGGUACCUCGCGGACGAGUGGCUCUUCGGGAGAGUUGGAUGUAAACUCAUACCAUUCAUCCAACUCACCUCCGUCGGAGUGUCUGUUUUUACCCUGACUGCGUUGUCUGCUGAUAGGUACAAGGCAAUCGUGAAGCCCAUGGACAUCCAGGUCUCCAACGCCCCGGCGAGGAUCGUCCUGCGGGCUGCAGUGAUCUGGCUCUUCUCCAUGACCCUGGCUGUCCCCGAGGCUGUCUUCUCAGACCUCCGCUCGUUCAGCAUCCACAGCACCAAUGAGACCUUCAUCACCUGCGCCCCCUAUCCCCACGAUGGUGAACUGCAUCCCAAGAUCCACUCCAUGGCCUCCUUCCUCAUCUUCUAUGUCAUUCCUCUGUCGGUUAUAUCAGUCUAUUACCUGUUCAUCGCCAGGAGCCUGAUCAGGAGUGCCUAUAAUAUGCCGGUGGAGGGCAACGUGCACGUCAGAAGACAG